CUGACAGAGAGAGAGAGAGUCCUUCCAUCACACACAGAUCGUAGAUUCCCAGUUUUUUUUUUUUUUCAGAAUUCGUUUAUUUGUCUCUUUCCAUAUAUAUAUUUUUAAAUGUUAUAGAAAAUAUUCCCCAAUUGUUUUGUGUCUUGCCAAAUAUUCCCCCAUCUCGUCGUUUUCACAAAACAGCAACAACAGAGACUGCUGGUGGUGGUGGUGGUGGUUCCUCCCCAGGCUUCUUCUUCUACUGAAUCAGCAACCAUGAGAGGUUCCUCCCCAACUCCCAUUGAGCCCCGACACCGCCUUUCUACUUCUGCCAGUGACGACUCUAACAAAAGAAGGCCCCAGAGGAACAAAGAUUUUAAAGAUAUUGAGAAGUUCCUCCACGUUCCCGUGCAAGAUAGAACUUUGAACUGCAAGCCCACCUUGAAGCUUGUGUUGGCUGUUAUUUUAUUGGGGACUUUUCUCACGCUUAUCUUCUCUCCUGGUGUUUAUCAUUCAGAUGAUAAAUCCCGUUCCAUAUCUCACCCAACUUCUGAAGACAGGUCGACAAGAAAGAGUGUUGCUCAAGAUUUACAUUACAUAUCAUCUGUAGAAAUUAACUGGGAUGAAAUUUCUGAUGCUAUUGAAAAUCUGGCAGACAGAAAGGAUUAUCAGGGAAUUGGCUUGUUAAACUUUAAUGAUGCUGAGAUUGACCAUUGGAAGGAGCUGUUGCCAGAUUGUGAGCAUGUUGUUCUACGCCUCAAUCAUGCGUCGAACAACAUAACAUGGGAAACCCUAUUCCCUGAAUGGAUAGAUGAAGAGGAAGACUUUGAAGUUCCUACUUGUCCCUCCCUACCAAAGCUUCAGAUUCCUGGAAAACCAAGGCUUGAUCUGAUUGCUGUGAAGCUUCCCUGCAACAAGUCAGGCAGCUGGUCAAGAGAUGUGGCUCGGUUGCACUUGCAGCUUGAAGCAGCAAGGCUGGCUGCAGCUUCCAAAGCGUAUCACCCAGUGCAUGUGCUUUUGGUGACAGACUGUUUCCCAAUCCCAAAUUUGUUCACUUGCAAAGAGCUUGUCAGACGGGAAGGGAAUGUAUGGCUUUAUGAACCAAAACUGAAUACGUUGAGAGAUAAGCUACAGCUCCCUGUAGGUUCAUGUGAACUUUCAGUUCCUCUCACGGCUAAAGAAAGCUUUUACUCGGAAAGAGCCCACAGAGAAGCAUAUGCAACAAUCCUACAUUCUGCCCAUGUGUAUGUUUGUGGAGCCAUUGCUGCAGCUCAGAGCAUCCGUAUGUCUGGUUCAACACGAGAUCUUGUAAUACUUGUUGAUGAAACAAUCAGUGAGUAUCAUCGUGGAGGGUUGGCAGCUGCUGGGUGGAAGAUCCACACAAUCCAAAGAAUCAGGAACCCUAAAGCUGAACCAGAAGCAUACAAUGAAUGGAACUACAGCAAAUUCCGUCUUUGGCAGUUAACUGAUUAUGACAAGAUCAUUUUCAUUGAUGCUGACAUGCUUAUACUUAGGAACAUUGACUUCCUGUUUGAGAUGCCAGAAAUAUCAGCGACAGGAAAUAAUGCUACUCUGUUCAACUCAGGUGUCAUGGUUAUCGAACCAUCAAAUUGUACAUUCCAGCUGCUCAUGGAUCAUGUUGAUGAAAUUGUGUCCUACAAUGGUGGGGACCAGGGUUAUCUGAAUGAGGUAUUUACAUGGUGGCACAGGAUACCAAAACAUAUGAACUUCUUGAAACACUUCUGGGAAGGUGAUGAGCCGGAGAAAAAGGAGAGGAAAACACAUCUCUUUGCAUCUGAACCCCCAAUCCUCUACGUCCUCCAUUACCUGGGAAAUAAACCAUGGCUUUGCUUCCGUGACUAUGACUGCAACUGGAAUGUGGACUUUCUGCAGGAGUUUGCCAGUAAUGUUGCACAUAGAAGGUGGUGGAAAGUGCAUGAUGCUAUGCCGGAAAACUUACAAAAUUUCUGUUUGCUUCGGUCCAAGCAGAAGGCAGCACUAGAGUGGGAUCGGAGACAAGCUGAGAAAGCAAAUUACACUGAUGGUCACUGGAAAAUUAAGAUAAAAGACAAGCGUUUGAAGACAUGCUUUGAGGAUUUUUGCUUCUGGGAGAGCAUGUUAUGGCAUUGGGGUGAAAAGAAUUGGACCGAUAAUGCUACUGCUUCUCUAUCACCACCUGCACUUACCACUGCAUCCGUCGCUUCUUCGUGACUUGUUUUGCGUCACGUUUUCGUACUUCAUACUGAGGACACAAAUCAAAACACAAUGCAUGCUUACACAAGCGCGAAAGAAAAGUAUAUCUCCCAGAAAUUCAGUUAGUAUCGAGCUCAACAACUUCCUUGUAAUUCAAUUCAUAGUCAUUGUUUUUUUUUUUUUUUCAGGUGCGUGUCAUGUUGUCCGGUGUGUUUUUCAAUUUCCAGGUAGGUUUGGUUGCUUUUACCUGUUCUUACCAUGAAGAAUUGUCCCGCAUCAAAAGUUUACCAAACCGUACUAGUGAUUAGGAGUUGGGUUACUUUUUCUAUUGCUAAUUGGUUGUUUGGACAAACAUCAAUGUCCUUUAGAGCAU